CCCUAUGUUCCCCUUUGUCAGCCCUAUGUCUUCCCCCAACCCUGAGGAUGUGCCCCAGAGGCCAGAACCUGAGCCCUCAAGCUCCAAUAAGAAAAAGAAGAAAAGAAAGUGGCUGCGGCAAGAAGCCAGCAUCCAAGCCCUCACCAGGGCUGGCCAUGGGGCCCUUCAGGCUGGCCAGAACCAUGAAGCCUUGAACAACUUCCAGAGGGCCUUCCUUCUGGCCUCCAAAGCCCCACAAACCAGGGAUACCCCUGUGCUCCAGGCCUGCGCCUUCAACCUGGGGGCUGCCUAUGUGGAGACUGGGGACCCAGCCAGAGGCCUUGAGCUACUCCUGCGAGCCCACCCUGAAGAGAAGGCACAGGGCAGGCGACACGGCGACCAAUGUUUCAAUGUGGCUUUGGCCUACCAUGCCCUCGGCGAGCUGCCUCAAGCUUUGGCCUGGUACCACAGGGCCCUGGGCCACUACCAGCCACAGGGUGACCAGGGAGAAGCCUGGGCAAAAAUGGGAGCCUGCUACCAGGCUCUGGGACAGCCUGAGCUAGCAGCCCACUGCCUGCAGGAAGCAAGCCAGGCCUAUGCUCAAGAGAGACAGCUGCGGGCCGCAGCCCUGGCACUGGGGGCUGCGGCAGGAUGUAUGCUGAAGAGUGGGCGGCAUCGGGUGGGGGAAGUUGUGCAGGUGCUGGAGAAAAGCCGGAGGCUUGCCGAGAGGAGCACUGAGAGGCGACUGCUGGGGCACCUCUAUAACGAUCUAGGCCUGGGCUACUCCCAGCUCCAGCUGUUCCCGCUGGCCGUGGAGGCCUUCCUGCAGGCCCUGCCCCUGUGCUGGGUGCCAGGAGAGCAGGCCACAGUGCUAAGAAACCUCGGGAUGGCCCACAAUGCCCUCGGCAACUAUCAGGAAGCUCGGGAGUUUCACCAGAAGGCUGCUGACCUACACGGCUCUGUGGGGCAGCGGUGGGAGCAGGGCCGGAGCUUUGGCAGCCUGGCCUUUGCAUUGAGCCAGCUGGGGGACCACAAGGCUGCCAGAGACAACUACCUGCAUGCCCUGCAGGCUGCCCGGGACUCUGGGGACAUGAAGGGACAGUGGCAGGCCUGUGAGGGUCUGGGGGCUGCUGCAGCCAGGCUGGGGCAGUAUGACCAGGCCUUGAAGUACUAUAAGGAAGCACUGGCCCAGUGUCAGAAGGAGCCAGAUUCUGUGCGAGAACGGCUGGUGGCCAAGCUGGCAGACACCGUGAGGACGCGCUUGGCCCAGGUGGGGCUGGUCCAGACUCACACCCUGACUUCGGCUCCGGGAAGACUCCAGGCUCCAGGUGGGGCCAGCCAGGCGGAGGGGACCCCAGCAAAGGCAGGAAGCAGCACAGCAGGUGCCCAGCACAGAUCUUCCAGUGGGUGGGAAGAUGAAGAGUUUGAGGAGGGCCACCAGAAGAAAAAAGAGGAGAGGUCGGCAAACGUUCCGGUGAGGGCUGGGCCGGGAAGACCAGAGCUGUGUUUCCUUCCAGGCACAGUGAAUCAUUCGCACCAUCUAGCUUCUAGUUGCCCCACGUUUACCAAGCACACGCCCUGCAGAGGGACAGUCCUCGGCAAAGCCUCCAUCUAUAGUCCAGGACCCAGGGCCCAUCUUCCAUUUGUAGGUCCAGGCCCUCCCAGAGCGGAGUACCCUAGCAUCUUGGUACCCAAUGGCCCUCAAGCCAAUAGGUCAUCCAGGUGGCCCAGGGAAAGCCUCAGCAGGAGCCGCCAGAGGAGACCCACGGAGUCGGGCAUCUGCACUAUUGUGUGACCUCCCCCUGCCAGCCUCAGCCCUCAUCCCUGAAGCACCUGUCCAACACGCACACACUAGGGGGUCCUGGGGACCAAGCCUCUUCCCAGUUGCUCAGCCCUGCAGGGAUGUGGAACACAGUGCAGCCAGUGGACUCCUGAGGAGGCUGGCCAAGGGCUUUGCAGGCUCGGCCCUGAGAGGUUCUGUUUGUUCCUCCUUGGGAUGUUUGGACUCAGUAGGUAAAAGAAAAAAGGAAAAUGGAUGGCAAAUUCCCUGUCUUUCUGGAUCCAAAUCUUAUGAUUGCUAGGGGCCUGGCAGUUCUAAAAACUGACUUCGUGGUCAAGUAGCUUUGGAGUCACUGACUGUCUCCAGACGUCCAUUUUUGCACAUGAGAAAUGAGGAUAUAAUACUACAGAAGAGGCAUCUUACCCAACCAAUGCACCUUACUUCUCUGUGAAACACAGGGGAUGCUGGGCGCAGGCCUAGGCUGUGGCCUGUAGCCUGUAGGACAGCUCCUGCCAGCAGCCACAGGAACAGUGAUGUGAUGUAACAUUUCCCAAGUACUUAGCUCAUGCCCCACCCUAUUCUAGGUGCUUAGCUCAUGCCCCACCCUAUUCUAGGUGCUUAGCUCAUGCCCCACCCUAUUCUAGGUGCUUAGCUCAUGCCCCACCCUAUUCUAGGUGCUUCACAAGUGUAUUCUCCUCUAAUCCUCACAACAAAUAUAUGAGGUGCUAUUAUCCCCUUUCACAAAUGAGGAAAAUAAGGCACAAAGCUUCAGUAAUCUGAAUUCCCAGGUCACAUAACUAGUAUGUAGAGAAGCUGGGAAUCAAACCCAGGCAGUGAGCACUUUCUAGAAUGCUGUGCAGUUCCACUUCCCCAGCUAAGCCCUUGCUUACCCAGAGUCCAUUGUGAUUUAAUAUCAAGUGUGUCUAUGUCCGUUGUAUGUGUUAUUGUAAUUCAUAAUGUAAUUAAAUACUAUACACAUUGAUGAACAGGCCAGGUGAGAUGGCUCACCCUUGUAAUCCUAGCACUUUGCGAGGCCAAGGUGGGAGGAUUGCUUGAGCCCAGGAGUUUGAGACCACCCUGGGCAACAUAGUGAGACCCCAUGUCAAUGUAAAAGAAAAUUUAUCUUUAAAAAAAAAAAUUGAUGAACUGAGAGUGGGAAAAGCAGCACUGUUUCUAUAAAAACUAAGUUGGAUCCUUAGAAGACUCGACUAAGGUAAGUUACUUUUUCUUUAUUACUCUUAUGCUUUAUCUUCCAGUGAUGGAGGAAAAAGUGAGUUUAUUUAUUUAUUGAGACAGGGUCUUGCUCUGUUGCUCAGGCUGGAGUGCAGUGGCACGAUCACAUCUUACUGCAGCCUCAACCCCCUGGGCUCAAGCGAUCUUCCCACCUCAGCCUCCCACUAGGAGUACAGGUGCACCACCAUGCCAGGCUAAUUUAAAAAUAUAUAUAUAGAGAGAGACAGGGUCUCACUAUGUUGCCCAGACUGGUCUCAAACUCCUGGGCUCAAGCCAUCUUCCCGCCUUGGUGUCCCAAAGUGUUAGGAUUACAGAUGUGAGUCACUGCGCCCAGCCUGUGAGUCACUUUAUUUUUUUA